UCAGCUGGGAACGGGGAGUGUUACCCACCAAACAACAACAAAACACACACACACACACACACACACACACUUCCAGCUCACUGUCUCCUGAGUGGUGACUCAGGCCGGCAUGUUGGGUGUUGCUGGAGUUUUCCUGACGUGUUGGUGUGGACGGAAGCAGGAAGAUGAAGAGGGUGACUGAUUGAUGAAAGUGGAACAGAGCGACGCGGCAGUCAUGAGUGUCAGACAUGUUACCUGGAGAUAAUUUACCUGCGGACGAGAGGGGAGACCAGAGCAACCCGACUAAAGGUGGAACGUCUUUGAAAUCACAACAGGAAAUCCUUUCAGCUCGGGACCCUGUUAGCCGAGGAAAUACCAUCCACACUGACCUCAUCAGCACCCAGCCUCGGCCUGCCUCACCAGAAGCAGCAGGGCCGAGGAGGCCUCAGUGUGACCCCAAGAAGCCCACCUGCCCACGAUGUGGCCUCACAGUGCCAGACCACAGACUCCUGUCUGUUCCCCGGGACCAAAGCACCCUGCAGGGCUCCCGUCUGUCCGUGCAAAGCAGCUGCAGCAGCAGCAGGAGGAACAGGAGCAGGGUGGUCAGUUCACACCAACCUGCAGCCACAACAAGUGACUCGUGCUUUCACCUGCUGCUGGCGUGCCUGUCGUGCCAGUGCUCCGUGCUGCUCCUGGGCCUGUUGGAGGCCUGCUCCUCCUGCCUCCACGCCCUCUGCUCGUCAUGCUGCCACGCCUGCGCCCGCUGCUGUUCGGCCAUCCAGGAGGCGCCCGUGGAGGAGCUCAACUGCCACGCCCACUGCCACUCGGUGAUGUUCGAGUCCUGCUGUGAGCAGACGGAGUGUCUCGAGUUUUGCCUCGAGUGCUGCGAGAUCUGCCAUCACAGCUAGGGGGCAGCUGCACCCCCCACCCCCUCGACUUGAGGACUAUCAUUUUUAAGGUACUUGUGGAAAUCAAUGAGACGUCAUCAUCAUCAUCGCUUGUGAUGAUUCUCAAGUUGUGAACUGAACAAACAGCCAUUCUCUGGGAUCGAGAAUGUUUCUACUAAUACUUUUUUUUAUUUUUACACCAUUUGCUGCUAAAUAAUUUUUUACAACUUAUUUCAAUCCAUGUGAUUAAGGAGAAAUUUGACUUUAAAGGUCCAGUGUGUAAGAUUUAAUGGAGAAUAAUCCUCAUGAUGU